AGUCAACGGAGGUCCCUCUUGACAGGAGUCGUAGAAGGAUGAAGUCGAGGAGAGACAAGCUGAAAAUCCCCUCCCUUACUUUGGAUUUGUCACCCACUUGCCAGAGCCCAACUCUACUGAGCCCAUGCAGCCCAUGCAGCCCCUGCAGCCCCUUACAAACCCUACAUCCCUGGAGUUGCCGGAGCGGCAACAGGAAGAGUCUUGGCCUGGGGACACCUUCGCCCACUCUGUCACGCCCUCUCUCCCCACUCUCCGUCCACACCGCUGCAAGCAGUCCCAUAGACAGCCCCCGAAAUGUGUCCACCAGUGCCUCCCUCAACUUCCCAUUUGCUCGCAGCCACAUGGCCCGUACUGACAGAGCGGAAGGCAGAAGAUGGUCACUGGCGUCCCUCCCCUCCUCCGGCUACGGAACCAACCCCCCCAGUUCCACCGUCUCUUCCUCCUCCUCUUCCCAGGAGCGCCUGCACCAGCUCCCCUACCAGCCCACUCAAGACGAGCUCCACUUCCUGUUCAAGCACUUCCGCAGCUCAGAGAGCGUAACCGACGAGGAUGUGCGACCCUCGCCGUUCAUGCGCCCCCGCUCCCGCAGCCUCAGCCCCGGAAGAACAAUGGGUUCAUUCGAUAAUGAGGUUGUCAUGAUGAACCAUGUUUACAAAGAACGGUUCCCUAAGGCCACAGCACAGAUGGAAGAGCGCUUGCUGGAUAUCGUCACCGCCUGCUCCCCAGACAGCACCCUCCCACUGUCCGAUGGCGUGCUGGGCUUCAUCCAGCACCAGCUGGUGGAGCUGGUCCGAGACUGCCUGGACAAGUCCCACACUGGCGUGGUCACUUCACGCUACUUUGUGGAGCUGCAGGAGAAACUGGAGAAGCUGCUCCACGAGGCGUACGAUCGCUCAGAGAGCGAGGAGGUAUCUGUCAUCACCCAGCUGGUGAAGAAGAUUCUCAUCAUCAUAUCCCGACCGGCGAGGCUGCUCGAGUGCCUGGAAUUUGACCCGGAAGAGUUCUAUCAUCUUUUGGAGGCAGCCGAGGGUCAUGCCAAGGAGGGCCAGGGCAUCAAGACGGACAUUCCACGUUACAUCAUCAACCAACUGGGCUUGACUCGCGACCCCCUCGAAGAUAUGGUACAGCUUGAGCAGUAUGAGUCCGCUCCGUCGAUGACAUUGGAGUCUGAUGAGUCUGUGGAGCAAAACAAGUGUCCCCAGGCACUCACCCCGACGCGAAGGAAACCACUGGAGAGUGACUUUGAAACCAUCAAGCUCAUCAGUAAUGGAGCCUAUGGGGCUGUAUACCUGGUCCGACACAGAGACACUCGGCAGCGUUUCGCCAUGAAGAAGAUCAACAGGCAAAACCUGGUCCUGAGGAACCAGAUCCAGCAGGUGUUUGUGGAGCGGGACAUCCUGACCUUCGCCGAGAACCCAUUUGUGGUCUCCAUGUUCUGCUCUUUUGAGACACGACGCCACCUGUGCAUGGUGAUGGAGUAUGUGGAAGGUGGGGACUGUGCUAACCUGCUGAAGAACAUGGGCCCGCUUCCCGUGGACAUGACCCGGAUGUACUUUGCUGAGACUGUGCUGGCCUUGGAGUACCUUCACAACUACGGCAUUGUUCAUAGAGACCUCAAACCUGACAACUUGUUGAUCACUUCUAUGGGCCACAUCAAAUUGACCGACUUUGGCCUGUCCAGAAUUGGCCUGAUGAACAUGACCACUAACCUUUACGAGGGUCACAUAGAGAAAGACACCAGGGAGUUCAUCGACAAACAGGUGUGUGGCACCCCAGAGUACAUAGCCCCAGAGGUGAUACUGAGACAGGGCUAUGGGAAGCCGGUAGACUGGUGGGCCAUGGGAGUCAUCCUGUAUGAGUUCCUGGUUGGAUGUGUGCCCUUCUUUGGGGACACGCCCGAGGAACUCUUUGGGCAGGUUGUCAGUGAUGACAUCAUCUGGCCAGAUGGGGAUGAUGCUUUACCUGCAGACGCCCAGGACAUGAUCACACGGCUGCUGAGGCAGAGCCCUCUGGAGCGCCUGGGGACAGGAGGAGCAUCUGAGGUAAAACAACACCCCUUUUUCUUACUUCUGGACUGGAACGGACUACUGCGACUGAAAGCCGAAUUCAUCCCUCAACUGGAAGCGGAGGACGACACCAGUUACUUUGACACUCGCUUAGAGCGUUACCACCAUUUGGCCUCAGAUGAGGAUGAUGAAACCAACGAUGAAGAGUCUUCCCUGGAAAUCCGUCAGUUUUCUUCCUGGUCAAACCGCUUCAGCAAGGUGUACAGCAGCACAGAACAUCUGGCCACACCGUCUAACCUGAGCUUCUCAUCGGACCGCAGCCACAGUGAGGACAAGGAGGGCUGGGAUGGGCGUUUCACACCCUCCCCAGGAGGAGACAUUCAGAGACAGGAACGCCAGCACCAAGAUCGCAGGGGCAGCCUGCGCCCUCGGGCAAUGUCCAAUUCCUUCCAUUCUGAGAGGGGGACCAGCCCCCUGGUGAUGAGCAGCACCCACAGUCUGGAGACCAUGCCCCGCUUCGCCUUCUCCACAGACGACGAAGCUGAGGUGGUAGUGUCAAACCUGCAUCGGAUCAGGAUUCGUAGCAACAGCACCGGGGCCAAACACUCUUCCCCCAGGAACCACAGAGCCCCCCAACGCUUUGGAAACCAGCUGGAGACACCAGAUAGACAGACACCAGACAGAACGAGGCUUGGGGGCAAAGUCCCCAAGUCUGCCUCCAUCUCCGCCCUGUCUCUCAUCAUCACUGCAGAUGAUAUGCCCGGCGGGCUCCAGCCCAGCCCCAUCUCUUCGCGCUCGCUCUCCUCCAAUCAUUCGUCCCGCGAUUCAUCCCCCAGCCGUGACUUGUCGCUUAGCCUCAGAAGCCUGCGGCCACCCAUUGUCAUCCACAGCUCAGGGAAGAAAUACGGCUUCACCAUGCAGGCCAUCCGCGUCUACAUGGGCGACAGCGACAUUUACACUGUGCACCACAUGGUCUCGAGUGUGGAAGAUGGCAGCCCAGCCCACGAGGCAGGACUGAGGGCUGGUGACCUCAUCACUCAUGUGAAUGGAGAGUCCGUGCAGGGUCUGGUUCACACAGAGAUGAUGGAGCUGCUUCUGAAGAGUGGUGGCAAGGUGGCCCUUCAGACUACUGCAUUUGAGAACACGUCUAUCAAGGUUGGGCCAGCUCGAAAGACCAGCCACAAGGGAAAGAUGGCAAGACGCAGCAAGAAAAGCAAAAGAAGGGACAAUCAGGACAGGCGGCGGAGCAUCCUGAAGAAGCUGUCCAAGCAGAGCACGGUGAUUCACAGCAGCCGCAGCUUCAACUCUGGACUGCAGCAUCACUCUGUGUCGUCCAGCGAGAGCCUGCCAGGCUCCCCCACACACAGCCUGUCACCUGGCCCCUCCACCCCCUGCCGCAGUCCUGCCCCCGACCACCAGGCUGCAGACACAAACUCUCCACAGAGCACUUCUCCCUGCUCCAGCUCUCCCAGCUCCCCGGCUGCACACAUCCGGCCCAGCUCCCUGCACGGCCUGGGCUCCAAGCUGAGUAUCCAGCGUUACACCAAGGUGGGUCGCCGCAAGUCCACCAGCAGCAUCCCCCCGUCCCCCUUGGCCUGCAACUCCUCUCCCCAGCCUCUGUCGCCCCAGCGCUCCCCUUCUCCCCUCCCUGGCAUCACCAAGACCUUCCACACAGUCCGUGGCAAGACUCUGUCGCCCCCAACCAUUGUCCGCCAUUGUGUGCGCCCCCGCAGCGCAGAGCCGCCCCGCUCUCCUCUCCUAAAAAGGGUGCAGUCGGCUGAGAGGCUCUCCAGCGCCUACCACGUUGACAAGAAGUCGUACCCCCACCGCAGGCACACGUUGGAGGUGCCUUUCCAGGGCGAGGGGGAGGACGUGGAGGUGGAGGGGGUCUGCGGCGGGGGGGUCUCCUACCUUGGGGACCACGGGAGGCUGCUGGGGGGUUACGGGGGCUGCCAGCGGCUGAGGGACUGGGCGGCGGAGCGCUCAGAGCAAUUGGUGGUGAUGAGGAAGCUCAACCUUUCGGAACGCCGUGACUCCUUCAAGAAGCAGGAGGCGGUGCAGGAGGUGAGCUUUGACGAGUCUGACGACCAGAAGACAAGCCCCACGUUCACCGUGAUGCUCACUGCCCCUGGAGCCAACCGGCUCCAGCAGAGGGCAGCCUCCUGGACGCCUAUGUCCCAACCCAGCGAGGAGGUGACUGAGGUGAAACGCUUCACCCUGGUGCCUCAGAUUGCUGUGCAGGGCUCAACGGAGAGUGAAGAGCAGGACGACUGGGAGCCGUGCUCAGACGGAGAGGAGGAGGACGGCGGCAAGAGACAGGAGCUCGAAUCUACCGAUAACAACAUUGGCACACAGCAGCUUGUUAAGGAUGUCUCUCUCACGGUGAACGUCUCCAGUAAGGCACCAGAAGCGACAGCUGCUUUGCACAAAGAUGCCUCUGAUAAGGUUGGGGAUACCGCAGUAGACUCUAGCCCCCAGAAAGGGAAGCUAAGGAAGUGACAUUUCCUUGAAUCAUUUCAUGCAGCACAUAUCUUCCAAGGAUGCACCUUGACACUCUCACUGUUGAAGGAAGGAAAUGUUUGGGCAACAGAGUGUUUCCCCGCCGAAGGAACUCAAACAAAUCGCGACAUUGAUUUUGUUUUGUAGAUUUCACUUGAUCCAGGAUAUUGUUUUGUAAAAAUGUAACACUAGGAAAUAGAUUGCACUUUAUUUCCUGGGUUUAUUUAUUACUUUUAUAAGCUAAGUGGAUUUUUGGGGCCAAAAAAGGAAAAUGUUAAAUUGAUAGUGGCUAGCCAAGGUUAAAUCAUGUUUUGUGUCCAUAUAUUUUGUUAUGUCUAUUUUUAAACAUGCUACAGAGUAGUUGCUAAUAGUAGUUCAAAGAAGUGAGUAGUUUGAGAGGAAUUCAUUUUUUACACUCAUGUUUUGAUUUAGGCUCGUGUGCUGAGACUUAGUGAUGCUUUUGUAUAAUCUCAGCCAGUAGUUUUGAAAGUGGUGCUAAUUACAGUGCAUUCGUAAAGUAUUCAGACCCCUUGUCUUUUUCCACAUUUUGUUACGUUACACACUUAUUCAAAAAUGUAUUUAAUUGUUUUUUCCCUCAAUCUACACACAAUACCCCAUAAUGACAAAGCAAAAUUAUUAUUAUUUUUUUUAAAUUGCAAAUGUAAUUAAAAAUUAAAAACAUAUACCUUAUUAAGAUAAGAAUAAAAACUCUUUGCUAUGAGACUCAAAAUUGAGCUCAGGUGCAUCCUGUUUCCAUUGAUCAUCCUUGAAAUGUUUCUACAAAUUGAUUGGAGUCCACCUGUGGUAAAUUGAAUUAAUUGGACAUAAUUUGGAAAGGCACACACCUGUCUAUAUAAGAUCUCACAGUUGACAGUGCAAGUCAGAGCAAAAACCAAGCCAUGAGGUAGAAGGAAUUGUCCUAAGAGCUCCAACACAGAAUUGUGUCUAGGCACAGAUCUGGGGAAGGGUAUCAAAAAAUGUCUGCAGCAUUGAAAGUCCCCAAGAACACAGGGGCCUCCAUCAUUCUUAAAUUGAAGAAGUUUGGAACCACCAAGACUCUUCCUGAGCAAUCGGGGAAGAAGGGCCUUAGUCAGGGUGGUGACCAAGAACCCGAUGGUCACUCUGACAGGGCUCCAGAGUUCCUCUGUGGAGAAGGGAGAACCUUCCAGAAGGACAACCAUCUCUGUAGCACUCCACCAAUCAGGCCUUUAUGGUAGAGCGGCCAGACAGAAGCCACUCCUCAGUAAAAGGCACAUGACAGCCCGCUUGGUGUUUGCCAAAAGGCAACUAAAGGACUCUCAGACCAUGAGAAAAAAGAUUCUCUGGUCUGAUGAAACCAAGAUUGACCUCUUUGGCCUGAAUACCAAGCGUCACGUUUGGAGGAAACCUGGCACCAUCCCUACGGUGAAGCAUUGUGGUGGUGUUUUUCAGCGGCAGGGAGUGGCAGACUAGUCAGGAUCGAGGGAAAGAUGAACAGAGCAAAGUACAGAGAAAUCCUUGAUGAUAACCUGCUCCAAUGACCCUAAGCACACAGCCAAGACAAUGCAGGAGUGGCUUCAGGACAAGUCUCUGAAUGUCCUUGAGUGGCCCAGCCAGAGCCCAGACUUGGACCCGAUCGAACAUCUCUGGAGAGAAAAUAGCUGUGCAGCGAAUGCCCCCCCCCCCCCCCCCAUCCAACUUCAGAGCUCGAGAGGAUCUGCAGAGAAGAAUGGGAGAAACUCCCCAAAUACAGGUGUGCCAAGCUUGUAGGGUCAUACCCAAGAAGAAUCGAGGCUGUAAUCGCUGCCAAAGAUGUUUCAACAAAGUAUUGAGUAAAAGGUCUGAAUACUAAUGUAAAAUAUGAUGUCAGUUUUGUUAUUUUUUAUAUAUUUGCAAAAAUAUCUAAAAACCUGUUUUUGCAUUGUCAUUUUUGUGUAAUGUGUGUAGAUUGAACUAUUUAAUUCAUUUUAGAAUAAGGCUGUAACGUAACAAAAUGUGGAAAAGAUCAAGGGGUCUGAAUACUUUCCGAAUGCACUGUGGCUAGGUCAGGUUUUGGUUGAUGUGAAGUCAUUGUAUUACUAACAAAUGGUAUUAGCUGCCAUGAAACAGAUUUGUUUUGUUUUUGUUCUCUUAACCCAUAUCUUAUUGAAUGAGGGCCUUUCUUGUUUGACAAAUAGCUCCUAUUCCCUUGUUUGCAGGCUUGAUAGUAGCAGGAAAAUGCUGUCCCCUUUAUAAAUGCUUCAAUUAUUUUGCUAGUUUAUAUUUCUAAGCAUUUUUACCCAAAUCUCAAAGAGGGUAUUUCUUCCAAUCUUAUUUAACAUAUAAAUUAAAGGCAGGUUUGGUUCGUUUUGAAACCUGUUGAUUUAUAUUGCACAAUAUUUUGUCAUAACCUCAUGUUUGUUCAUCCCGACCUCAUCCACUUCUGGGUUUCCUGGUUCCUCUGUACUGAUUCUCAUGGACAACAGGGUUUAUACCCACUUGAUUUCGCUGAAAUCAUGGUAGCAUGGCAAUUUGAGCUUGCUGCCAAUGCUUGUACUACUAAACCAUAGAACUUUAAUCCUAUCAAAUGCUGUCACCUAAUCUCUGUCACAGAGGCAAUUGUUGACAGGAUAUUGUUUUGAUAAGACACAAAUAGAUAGUUUUGCGCUCAAACAUGUUUUAGGCUACAUCAUAGAACUCAGCUGUCCAGGUGACACCACCAAGCUAAAGAUAAACAGUUUAAGCUUUCCACAAGAUCCGCUUGCAUAUUUUCAAAGAAACCCAUUCCUCUUUCAUCUUCUUCUGUGUGUUGAUGUUUACAUUGUGGUGAAGUGCACUAAGGAAAAUGUAUAUUUUGACAUGAAUUUUGUAAACGAUACAAGGAAGAGGCAACAAUGGAGGAGCGUCACAUACCUUCAGUCAGAACCCAGGGCUUAGAUAUUAGGAACAGAUGAUCGUUUUAUGUCUUUGUACUGUACAUGUAUUUAUGUUUUGUAUUUUGAUAUCGGAGUCUUAAUGCCAUAUGCAUUAUUAUUAUACUUAAUAUUAUUAUAUUUUAGAGUAUACCAACAUACCAGUUGCACAAGUGAUGGGAACAACAAUGGCUGUAAAAAUGUGCCUAAAGGAUGAAGCUUGUUGGGGGAUCACAUAAGUGUUGCAGAAUGAGUUAUGUUGUGUUGAACACCAUCAUUUUGGGCCUUUUCUACACUACAGUAGUUCUGGAGGUUGAUAUUGUGUUACAUUUUACUUGCUGUUAUGUAACUGUCUGUACAUAUCAAAGGUUGGCGGUGGGAGGGGGUUCUUUCAGAGUCUCAACAGAUCCUCAAAAGAGGUCUAUAUUUUCAGAUUUAAUGAACUACUCAGAAGUCAGUGGUGGUGAAAUGAAAUUAUACCCAGGACAUGCUAUCUCGCAAAGCCGGUCAGAAUUGUUUACAACGAACAUGCUAUGUACAAUUUCAACAAAUGGUAUUUUGUAAUCCUGUAUUUCUAUGUACUGUGUAGGUAUUGUAUUGCAGUCUGUGCAUUUCAACACUACACCGUUUUAAAGGCUUUACUCAAGUACCUUUUUGGAACUGUAAAACUUCCGAACUGUUCUAUAAGAAUACAGUAUGAUGCAUUUUCUCUUGUUUGUUAGAUGCAUGCUGCAUGAGACAAGGACACAUAAUACUUGAUUGCAUGGUACUCUGGGUUUAUAUAGCCCAUGCUGGGGUUUCUACAGUGUGUCUAAUAGAGCAUUUGUGUGCAAAGUCAACUUUUGCACUUCCCUCUGACUCCUACUCAUCAUACCCUGAACCACAAAUAGACAACUGGUCUGUUUUCCUAAUAGUUGUAGUUCAUUUUCUGUGUGUGCUGGGAUGAAAUCUUCCACUCUCGGGAUGUGUAUGUCUAAUGUUUUUCACUUUCUCACCACUGCGCGGUAAAGAAUCUCUUUCGUCAUCUACGUCAUAAGGGAUGCAUGUGGUUCAUCAAGGGCUGGGAGUGACGCUUAGACGGUUAGGCUACGCAUAGCCCAUACAGUGGUUUGUCUCUCUUGCAUUUAACCCUCAUUUAAUUUUUUUCCCCAUUUUGUCUGCUAUCGAACGCCUCUGUCAACUUAGUUGUAGACAAGGGUACCUGUACACAUUGUCACACACUUACAGGGUCAAAUGGACACACAUGCAAAAACAUGUCCACAUUCAUUCUUUCCCUUUGUUUGAUUCUGUGAUUGAGUUAGAAAUACUGGAGGUACAGUGCUAAUGUCCAUUUGAUGUGAAUAUGGAGAGUAUGGUGGUGUUCAUAUGUUUUAUUCGAAGCCAGUUUUGUCUGACUAGUUUUUCUUUUUGUGGUUCUAACUGUAUGGCCGAGCGCUCUAUUCAAACAAAAGCAAAUGUUAGGUAAAUAGAUGGCUAGGAUGUGAAUAUGCCUACGGUUGGGUUGGACUAUUGAAUGUAUUUGCCGAGAAGUGCUUGUGUACCUGAGAAUCCUAACAAUUUUGCAGGCUCACAUCACUUUGCCUUGUUUGAACAUCUGUCUGCUUUUGUUUGAGUAGGGAUGCCGGCCAUCCUUGGUACAAGUGUCAAGAUGGAUCUAUUUUGUGUUUUUACUUGAUGUUUCCAAACGGUUUUAUAAUAAAUUGUUUCCGUAUGGCAUUUGAUAUUGAAGGCA